CUUAGGUUGGUCACGUGUCCUUGGGGAGCGUUUACUUUUGGGACCACGUCGGGAGAGGGAGGAAGCGCACCGUUGCGCACAGCCGAGUUGGACAGCAACAUCUUAAACACGCGUUAAUGAUCCAGCUGGCGAAUCAGGCAGCUCAGUUUUGUUUUGGGGCGUUGUCAUAAACACCCCGUAGUGGUGUGUGAUACACAGAUCCGUCAGGCACCGACACCGCGUGUGUGAUCCCCCCCCUAGUCACUGACUCGUCAAAAGUUCUGCGCUUACCAACUGUGAUCUUUACUGCGAGCGUCACAUUGUUGCCCGCCACUGCUACAAGUCGACACACGGAGCUGUCACGUCGAACCGAGCCCAGUGAGUCCACAGUGGUGCUGCUCAUUGCUAACUAGGCUGCCUCCAAGCCCACAGGUAAUUGGCCAGCUUUCGUGGGUUUUGAUGUCACCUCUAGAUUGGUUUAACUGAAAAUGGAAACACUGGAGUCUGAGCUGACCUGCCCGAUCUGCCUGGAGUUGUUUGAAGAUCCCCUGCUCUUGCCCUGUGCCCACAGCCUGUGCUUUAACUGCGCCCACCGCAUCCUGGUUUCUCACUGCUCGACAAGCAAGCCUCUUGAGUCCAUAUCGGCCUUUCAGUGCCCCACGUGUCGUUACGUCAUCACGCUGAAUCACCGCGGCCUGGAGGGCCUUAAGCGCAAUGUGACGCUGCAGAACAUCAUUGACCGCUUUCAAAAGGCCUCCCUUAGUGGCCCAAAUUCCCCCACUGAAAGCCGGCGCCUGCAGCCGCCGCAGCGGCCUUACACCGCCACCAUUAGCGGCUCAAUAGCUGGAACAAUUGGCGGCGGCGGUGGUGGUGGCACAAGUGGAAGCAGCGCCCGCGGCAGCCCGGCCACUUCCAGCCACUCCCACCCGCACGCCAACCACACCAACCACACCAAUCACACCAACGCAAACCACAGCCCAGCUGUCGUUGCUAAAAUGGAUCCACGUAUCAGCUGCCAGUUCUGUGAGCAGGAUCCGCCACGUGAGGCCGUCAAGACGUGCGUCACGUGUGAGGUGUCGUACUGCGACCGCUGCCUCCGCGCAACACAUCCUAACAAGAAGCCGUUCACCAGCCACCGCCUGGUGGAGCCGGUGCCAGACACUCACAUCCGCGGCCUGACCUGCCUGGAGCACGAGAAUGAGAAGGUCAACAUGUACUGCUUGGUGGACGACCAGCUCAUUUGUGCCCUCUGCAAGCUGGUGGGGCGCCACCGAGAGCACCAGGUGUCCUCACUCACCGAGCGCUUUGAUAAGCUCAAGGCUUAUCAGGUGAGCCCGGGCAGAGUGUCAGAUGCAGUAAUGGAGGCUUCAAAGACAAGCGCUGCGCAAACCCUGGAGAACAACCUGACCAACCUGGUGAAGAGGAACAGCGAACUGGAGAACCAAAUGGCAAAGCUCAUCCAGAUCUGUCAACAGGUUGAGGUGAACACAGCCAUGCAUGAAGCCAAGCUGGUGGAGGAGUGUGACGAACUAGUGGAGAUCAUCCGCCAGAGAAAACAGGUCAUUGCUGUGAAGAUCAAAGAAUCCAAGGUGAUGAAACUGCGUAAAUUGGCUCAGCAGAUUGCAAACUGUCGCCAGUGUCUGGAGCGCUCCAGUGCCCUCAUCACACAAGCCGAGCAGAGCCUGAAGGAGAACGACCAUGCCCGCUUCCUCCAGACCGCCCGCAAUGUAGCUGAAAGGGUUGCCAUGGCGACAGCCUCCUCCCAGGUGCUCAUCCCUGACGUCAACCUGAAUGAGGCGUUUGACAACUUUGCCCUGGACUUUUCCCGAGAGAAGAAGAUUCUCGAGGGACUAGAUUACCUAACAGCUCCCAACCCGCCAUCCAUAAGAGACGAGCUGUGCACCGCCUCCCAUGACACCAUCACUGUUCACUGGACGUCAGAGGACGAGUUCAGCGUCACCUCCUACGAGCUGCAGUACACCAUUUACACCGGCCAGACAAAUUUCAUCAGUUUGUACAACUCUGCAGACAGCUGGAUGAUCGUACCUAACAUCAAGCAGAACCACUACACGGUGCACGGCUUGCAGAGUGGCACCCGUUAUAUCUUCUUUGUCAAGGCGAUCAACCAGGCAGGAAGCCGCAACAGUGAGCCAGCCCGCCUCAAAACCAACAGUCAACCCUUCAAGUUAGACCCAAAGACGGCCCACAAGAAGCUGCGUCUGUCCAACGACUGUCUGACCAUGGAGAAGGACGAGAGCUCGCUGAAGAAGAGCCAUACCCCAGAGCGCUUCAGCGGCACGGGCUCCUAUGGUGCAGCUGGUAAUGUCUUCAUUGACAGCGGGUGCCACUACUGGGAGGUGCUGCUUGGAGCGUCCACAUGGUAUGCUAUCGGCGUGUCUUACAAAUCAGCCCCAAAAAACGAAUGGAGCGGCAAGAACUCGUCCUCAUGGGUGUUCUCGCGCUGCAACAACAACUUUAUGGUGCGCCACGAUGGCAAGGAGAUGCUGGUGGAGGCAAGCCUGCAGCUGAGGCGGCUGGGUGUCCUGCUGGACUACGACAACAAUUCACUGUCCUUCCAUGAUGCCAUGAACUCCCAGCACAUUCACACCUUUGAAAUCUCCUUCCUCCUGCCCGUUGUACCCACAUUCAUGAUCUGGAACAAGUCGGUCAUGAUACUCUCAGGGCUACCCGUCCCCGACUUUGUCGAUGGUGUGGCCUCAGAUCUUCUAGAGCAGCAACAGCAGCAGAUGGGCCUGUGCCGACAAGAGUCACCAUACUUGACCGGGAUGAAGACCUGCCACUGAGAGAGGCCCACCAAUGGACGAGCAGGGACCACUCAGGCCCGGUGACAUUGACAGUGUGACUGAGUUCUUCUCUAUCCUCUGCAUAAAGAGAGGACCAGUUACUUUCUUGUGGAUUUAGAAAGUGUUGGAGAUAUGCACACCAGUCUGGAAAAAUGUCAGUCCUGUUAGUUUGUAACAAUCCAAUGUUUUGCAAAUUCAUCAGUGAAUGGGAACAAGGUCUCUUGACUAAAAAUGUCAGCAGACCUAAAAUUCAUCUCAUGCCCUGGAGUCACUGUGGGCAGGGAUGGACAUCUGUUUUUGUUGACCAUUUAAGGUCUUCCUUUUUGAUUUAACUUCCCCCUGAUGUAACUCCUAGGCAGAAGACCAAGCAGUGGAUGUUCUCAUCAGCCAUUUAGAGUUUGAAGUUACAACAUGUGAACAGUGAGAUUAUGUAUCACCUGCUGUAGAUUACAACAAAAAAACACAGCACAAUGCAGAGGCAGGUAAAAAAAAAAAAAGAAAACCUAGUGAAGGAUCUUCUGACAUUUUAACUUUAUUUUAAAUGUUUCUGUCUAAUUUAGGUUGUGCGAUAUGUCAAGUGAACUAAAUUUGACAAAAACUAAUUUUAAAUGAAUUAACAGCUAAAGGAAUAGUCUGACUUUAUGGUAAAAUACAAUUACGGUAUCUGUUUUCUUUGCGAGUUAGAUCAGAAGAUAUAUACCACUCAGGUGUGUACGCUAUAUAUGAAGCUAGAGCCAGCAGGCCGUUAGCUUAACUAAGCUAACGGCCUGCUGGCCUUAGCUUCAUAUUUAGCGGCACAUGAGAAUGGUAUCUUCUAACUCUGGACAAGAAAGUGUAUGUCCCAAAACAUUUCUUCCUUUUAGAUGUUGAUGUGCCUUUUUUGAGUCCACUUUAUUGUGUGAAGUAGAUGCUACCAUCUUUCUAACGCAAUUACAUGCUAGCUGUGGACUUUUGUGUUGCAUCACAUCACUGUUCAUGUUGUAGCCUCAGUAGCUGUAAGUGGUCGUUGCUUAAGUCUUUUCCUUGAUCUUCCGCCUACAUUUGACGCAGCAGUCUUGUUUGUAUUGGCAGGUUGUAGCUUCCAAGUUUCAGGAAGUGUUAACGUUGCUCCCAGAUAUUAAUAUGAUCACAGGGGGCAGAUUUGCAUCAUGUGACUUGUAUAAUAAGAGGUUUAUUGAAUAUUAGAGGAAAAAAGUGUUAUUUAUGAGAAAAAAGAUGGUUUACUUUAUUAUUAAUCUCAACAUAUUCAUGAUGCACUUUUUAAUUAACACUAUUUCCCCUCUAUGAGUAUUAAAGUAGAUGGAGCUGAGUGGCAGGGAUGUAAUGGGGAGGGAAAGGGAUAACUAGCACUACUGCUGGUUGUGUUCACCUCUCCAAAAAAUCUAUAUCACUUUAUUUUUUCAUUUCAUAUUUAAAAAGAAUGAUUUAUUGUCAAUACUUAUUAAUACUGGAUAUUAACCAUAAAACAGUAUAUUGCUAUAAAACACUGUUUUAUAAAGAAUUGAAGCAGACGCCCCUGCUGUAAAGUUAAAACGUUUUCUUCACUGUGCUUUGAACACAACCACUGACUUUCCCUCCCUGUGGCUCUUUUCGAUAGCAUAUAGUAACUUUAUCUUGUUUAGAAAAGGGAUAUGAUUACGGUGAUGUUUAUGCGAUUUUUAUCAUGAUGAAAUGAUAAACUAAUAGCUGUUUUAAAAAAGAAAAUCACUCUGUUUUUGACUAUUCAGGGAAGGAGGGGGUUAACACUUUAACUUGCUGUCUGUCGCAAUGUCAUGGCAUGAUUGUGUUUUCCUCUGUGAUUUGUUAACACACACACACACAUGCACAUACACACACAAACCAACACACAUGUCAUGUUUCGUUUAGGUUGGCCUUGUCGUGAUAAAUGCAUGAAACAUUGUAGGAUCCAACACCGGUUUACUGGGUUAUUUUAGCUCAUUUAAUUUCACUAAAUCUUGUUUUUCAUCAGAUACUGACUCACCUUCACAUUUGCUUACAAUAGACUUGACCUCCUUUGGUCACCCAUCACUAUUCAAAUAGCAGCUGAAGCUGGAUCCAUUGUGUGGUUUUUAUUUGGAUUUAAAGGCCUUGUGUGGGUGACAGUUUCUCUCUGGCUUGAUAUUCAGGUAGUGGCUCUGAUCCAGACAAUCAAAUGUGUCUUAUAGUGUAUGCAGAUUUAACAGAUUGUUUAGCAGGAAACAGUAGGAGGGCUUGUGAAAAAGUGACAAUUGAGGUAGUCGAUAAAAGCAGAUGUCUUACAUACUGUAGCAGGGUCUUGUUAGAUUUGACACCUCGUGGCCAUUUUCACUCUUUUUACACAUCACCAUGUACUUAAUGUUGAAUGUUAUGUAACAUUUGUGUUGACAGGAUAUGAUUUGCUCGACUUGAAACACAGACUAAUUUCAAUCAUAUAUGCUAGAAGCCAUGGUUACUUAAUGAUGAGUUAAAGCAAAGAUCCAGUGAUGUAAAACACUCAGCUAUGGAAAGGUAAUGAAAAUAUGUCAUGGCCUCCCAGUGCACCUUUUCACCUGGUCAUUUAGGGCAGCUGUGCGAUGGUGGGUCAGUCAUGAUGGUUUGAUGGAGGUAUUGAUUUCAUACUGUAAGUCCUAAAGGCAACAGAGAUAGUCCACUGGUCAAACGCAACGCAGGAGGAGCUCCAGUACAAGGAGAGGGUUAUUUUCUUUCCGUCAGGGAGAUUAGUGAAUGUUACCUGACUUCCAGAUACCCACCCAUCUUGUUGAACAAUAUCGGUCACAGGCUCGAAACGGCCAAAUGUUGAUUUGUGAUCCAGACAUGCUCAACUCAUCUGUGCAAGCGUGCUUGGCUGGGUCACUGCAUGAUUAUGUGACCUUGCUGCGGGUUCAUAAAUCUUUCCUUAUCUUCAUGAUGGGGUUUCUUAUCUUGAGUCAAACAUAUUCUCUUUUUUUUCUUAAAAAAAAAAAAAAGAAACCAUGAGAAGAACACUUGGAAAUGAAAUGUUCAUUAUCAUGCAUAUCAGAUAGUUUGCAGUGCUCUUUCUUUCUUUGUGUCACAAGUCAAUACAGUAAAAUAUAUACGGUGAAUGAUUUUCAAUAGCUACCCACUCCUUGUAGUGCAGUGUAAUACCCUAGAGACAAUGCAAUAGAUUCUCCUUUUUGCUUUUUCUGUCUGUGUAAUUUGGAAAAUUAUUUUUUACAACUCAUGAGAAACGCUCUCCUCUCCUUUUGGCAUUUGGACCUUGAUAAACAGCACAAAAAGAGCAGCGUUGCAUUCAUGCAAGGUUGUCUGUUUCCGUGGAUAUGAGAGAUAAUUUUAGCCAGAGAGGAUUGUAAAUCAUAGGGGGAAAUAUAUAUUAUAUAAAGUUGUAUAAUAUACUAAAUAUAUAUGAACCAAUGUUAUUUAUGUGAAUUUAAGUCCAAUUAAAAGUCUGAUCCCAAA